AUGUUCCGCAUUCGUCCACCAGUGGGCGCGCUCAACCCGUCAGAAACGGUCAGCGUGAUGUUAACGUUCAACCCAGGAAAGUCGACGCCUAACAACGAAAAGCAUCACUUCUCCAUCCACUACAUCAAAUCGACCGACGAGAAGGAAGCACCCCGGAUUGCAUGGGUCGAGUAUAAGGGAGAUCCUGAAGGGACAAAGCGACUCUAUGUCGAUUUUGCGGAAGAAGGCGGAAAGGGUGAUGGUGAGAAAAAGGAAGAGAACAAGGGAGAAACAAUGACCGAUGGAGCAAAUGCCGAAAAGAAAGAUGAGAAAAAGAGUAAUCCUCAU